ACAGACUGGAGAGCAGUUCUCGGUUCCGCUGCCCCAGCCAGCGCCCACGGGAGACGACAUGGCCCAAGAGCGUCCUUCCUGCACCCUGGAGCCUGAGCACCUGCAGCGGCUGCUGCUGUCCUCCCAAGAAGCCAAGAAGUCCGCCUACUGUCCCUACAGCCGCUUCCCGGUGGGGGCCGCCCUGCUCACCCGGGACGGGAGGAUCUUCUCGGGGUGCAACGUGGAAAAUGCCGUCUACCCACUGGGCAACUGUGCUGAGCGGACUGCCAUCCAAAAGGCCAUCUCCGAGGGACAUAAGGACUUCAAGGCCAUUGUUAUCUCCAGUGACCUGCAAGAUGACUUCAUCUCGCCGUGCGGGGCCUGCCGGCAGGUCAUGAGAGAGUUUGGCACCGACUGGGCCGUGUACAUGACCAAGCCGGAYGGCACGUACGUGGUCAAGUCCGUCCAGGAGCUGCUGCCCGCUUCCUUUGGGCCUGACGACCUGCAGAAGAUCCAGUGAAGGCCGAAGAACACCCCCUGUCCAGGAGGGCCUGGUUCCCACAGCUGCUUAAGGGGACAGCCACCCAGAAAACCUACUAAAGAUGUCUUUGCUGACCUAAGGACACCAGCCAAACGGGGUCCCGUCAUACAGGGGCCUGGGAGGACCGCUUUUCCAAAGUCCACUCAAGCACCAUGAGGGGACAGGGCUUCUCUCACCAGGCAGGAGCCCUCCUGCRCCCUGUCCACCCUGGGGUCAGAGCGCCCUGUCCCUGGCUUUCCCUCCCAUGGCCCUCUUUAAAGCUCCACGCCUGGACGCUGCCCCAGCCUGAGGUCCUGGCCUGUUGCAGCGGCUCUGCUUGUCACCCACAGCCCGAUUUGCACAGAUGUGUUUGCUUUCUGUCGCUGCAGCUCUUCACAGGCACAGGGCCAUCUGUCCCUUUUAGAAGGACCUGGACAGUCUACUUGGGAGAAGGCAGAUACUUUAAAAUUGUGCCUCUCUUCCAUCUGCUACCAUUUGUACCUCGACUGUCCCCAAAAGCCCAUGUCUAAAAGGCUUGGUCCCCAGCCUGUGGCACUGCUGAGGGAGGGUGAGACCUUUAAGGUGGGAGACCUUCAGGUCAGGGGUGGCAUGACCUUGUAGGGCACUGUGGGAGCCCAGUCUUUUCCUCUCUUUUGCUUUCCUGUCAUGAGGCUUUUGCUCCUGGCACCCCCUCCUGCCAUGAUGUGCUGCUUUUCCAUAGGCCCAAAGUCAGGGGACAAACCAGUCAUGUACUGAAGCAU